CCCGCGCUGAGCCUGCUGCUGGGCCUCACCUGCUACCGCGACUUCCUGGGCACGAACUGGUCCGCGGAGGCGCAGGCCCUGCGGAGUCGGGGCGCGGCCGAGCUGGGGGACCCCCUGGCGUUCCUGGCGCAGCCGCUGGGCGUGGGCGGCGUGGUCGUCACGGCCGACGGCCUCGUGGUCUUCCUGCGGCGCAGCCUGAAGGUGGGGGAGGCGCCGGGGCUGAUCGACAUCCCGGGGGGCCACCCCGAGCCCAAGACAGUGGCCCCGGAGGUGUCGGAGGACAGUAUCACGGUGGAACAGCUGUGUGGGCGCAGGGUGGUGAGAGAGCUCUUCUCCUCCGUUCUCACGGAGAUCCGGGACGAGGUGAAUGUCCCGCUGGCCUGUCUGAGUGAACCGGUUCUGCUGGGAAUCGCACUGAACCACACCAGUGCCGGCCGGCCCAGCGCAGAGUUCUAUAUCAGGUACUGCUGGACUCGCUGA